UUGGCACAAACAUAUCAUCACUUGAUCUAAUUUCGUUAGUCAGGCAACAUACAUCAUGUACAAAUCAGUGGUUUUAUUCUGCGUGCUCGCUGCGGCGGCGGCUAAGCCCACAUUAGUAGCCCCAGUGGCCUACAGCAAUGUGGCCCCAGUUGCGUACAGCGCUGUAGCCCCAGAAGUCUACAAUAUAGCGCCAGUAGCCUACAGUGCCGUUUCUCCUGUAGCCUACAGCUCUGUGGUGUCCCCAGCUGUUAGUUCCGUGUCGCAACACAGCAGCAGCGUCGUUCAUGGAUCACCCGCCGUUUCAGCAGUCUACGGCGCAAGCUACGCACCAGUUGUCCCCGCCUACACAACUUUAGCCCAGGCCCCUGGCUCCCCUGCUGUCGUUUUGGAUCCCGUACACGGUGUACCCUUAGACACACCUGAAGUUGUCGCUGCUCGCGUUGCCCAUUAUCAAGCUAAAGCGCUCUAUUAAGAAAAUAUAUUGUUUUAGUUUCUGCAUUCCCGAAAACCAUGAUCAUUGAUCUUAUUGAGUUUUUAUUGUCAAAAUAAUUGUUUUGCCUAAUUCGAACUUUUGAAUAAAUGUUUGU